UUUUUUUUUCUGGACCUCCAAGCAGUGUUUCAAACCCAUCAUCUACUUGACUUCGACCAGGAGCCUCCAUACAACCUUGCGCCAAUUCCAUUUAUAACAGCUACAGGAUUCAGGGAUUUAUAACAGAUGGUCAACGCCGCAAAAGUGCUUCAGGAUCUGCGUGCAUCUGCAGAGCGCAAACCAGAUGUAGUUGUCAGACUAGGAAAACCUUUGGUGGAGAAUGGAGCUGUCAAAAAGCUGGAUGCAGAUGCGUGGCUGGUUUAUGAGCAGGUUGCUAUCGCGGCAUUAGAUGUUGGUGAUGAUGCACUUGCUCAAAGGUGCAUCCAAGCUCUUGAACAAAAGUUUCCAGGAUCAGCUCGUGUGCGUCGCUUACAUGGAAUGAAGCUGGAGGCUGAAGGCGAACUAAUUCAAGCAGGGGAGAUCUAUAAAGCCAUUCUUCAGGAGGAUGAAACGAAUAUUCUUGCUGCAAAACGCCAGGUCAUGCUGCUUCGUGCAAUGGGUUUACCAUCAGAUGCCAUUAGUGCUUUGGUCAAAUACUUGGAUAUUAAUUAUACUGAUUUUGAGGGAUGGCUUCAGCUGGCUGAUCUUUAUCUGGAACAACUCAUGUAUUCACAAGCUGCAUUCUGCAUGGAGGAGGUGAUCAUGCUUCAACCUCAGAACCAUAUCUUUCACCUCAAAUAUGCAGAGAUUUUAUACUCGCAGCAGAGUAUUGGUUUGGCGUUGAAGCAAUUCUGUCGCGUUGUGGAGCUGUGCAAGGACCAUGUACGCGGUCUUUAUGGCAUUAAAUUGUGCACAUCUCAUUUACUUAAAUUAUCACCGUCAAAAGAUUCCACAGCUACAUCUCAGGAAGAUUUGAAAGCAAUUGAUUUGUUAGCAACAGAGCGUCUGAUUGCGACAUACAAUGCCGCAUCUUCUUCGACCAAAUCUGUUAGCACCAAAUGGAUCGAAAAUCUGUAACAUAAACUUAGAUAAAGAUAUUGAGGCCAAAGAUGCUUUAAACUCUCCUUGUCAAGAAAUAAAAUAAAGUAUAUGACUUGAGGCUACGAGUGAGGCCAGUAAGCAAUCUGUUUC